CGGGAGACAUCUAAAAGAAAUGGCAACUUCCGGUGCACAUGUCGACUGCUAUGCUAGUCUGUGACUGACGUUGGAUUUUUCUUCAAUUAUUGACGCGUCUUGAGCAGAAUUGAUUGCAACAUUUCUGCAAACAUGAAGCUUCUAACGCACAACAUGUUGACGUCACAUGUGAAGGGCGUGACUAAAGGAUACCCGCUGCUAAUCAAGGCCACUGAGGUGAAGGUGAGCGAAGUGGAGUUCAACCCGCAGUUUGUCAGCCGCAUGAUCCCAAAGCUGGAGUGGAGUGCUCUUGUGCAAGCUGCAGAUGAGUUGGGUCAACGACAAGACCUGCCAAGUGACCUGUUGGCAGACUUUGAGAGCAACGAGGAGUUUCUGAAGAAGGUGCACAGAGUUCUCCUCGAGGUGGAGGUGAUAGAAGGCUGCCUGCAGUGUCCCGAGUCAGGACGAGAGUUCCCCAUCUCCAAAGGAAUCCCCAACAUGCUUCUCAACGAAGACGAGGUGUAGACUUGAAAAAAAAUCCACUGACAGACUUUGUGUUCCAAAAGAAGACGUUUUGAUGUCGGGUAAUUACUUUUACGUUUUAACGUCUAAAUCCCCCCUUUGGAUGUUUUUUUAGCUGUGUUUUUGUAACACAUUCAGGUUUGUUUCCCCUCAAUAAAACCUUGCUUUUGUCCUCGACAGCCAAAA